UAUCUUUAUUUCCGUGUUGCUUCUCUCCUUGAUUAGUUUCCAUCCGUUGCUUCUUGCAAUGAUGCCUUCAUCCCUUCGUAGGGUGAGAUAUAAAGAGAUUAUUUAAUGGAGAUUGGAGAAAAGCAGUAAGGCCAUGCAGAGGGGUGUUACACGAAGCUGAGCAGGGCUUAAGAACUCAUUCGAUUUAAUGAUCAACUACAUUUUGUUUUGAGGUGGAUGUUAUGAAGAACGCCUAUAACCAAGGCCUUGACAGCGAUCAAGAAGAGAAUGGAGACGACAAUAUUUCACCCAAAGAUGUUGGGCAUAAUAUCUAUAUAUUAGCCCACCAGUUGUCACGUCACAAUAAAGUAUUGCAACACAUACUGAAACCUGGGGCAGAUCCAGAAGAAGGAGAUGAAGCUUUGAAGCAUUACGCCAACCACACUGCUCAAAUUGAGGUAAAAACUUCCUCGCUGAGCUGAGAAUAUUCGAAGGCUUCUGUGCUACGUCCUGUCCC